AAUUUUGGCAAACCAAGUGAAUUUUGUGGGCUUUAUGUAGUAAUUUGUGGGCGAUGUUUAACAAAUCCCUAUUGCAAAUUUAAGAGAUUUUGGAUUCAACUCAUACCAAAUGAGGUUGCUUAAAUGCUUCAAAAAAAUAAAAAUAAAAAAAUGAGGUUGCUUAAUUAGUUAAUUGUAGUGAACUCCCUCUAAUAAUAACCGGUUCGGUCAAAACCCUUAUUAUAAUUUACAACGAGCUGAACUAAUUUACUAGCUCGAUAGAAGAGACCACCAAAAGAAGCGCAGGUGUCUUUUUCCAGUUCUGCUCAACUCCCGUCAACAAAAUCUGAAAUAUUGUAAUUUUCUCUUUUGAUUCUCAAGCUGUGGUACGUUUACUCUAAUCUUUGUUGCUUAUACUUCAACAUAUAUUCCUAAUUUUACUGCGAAUUUCUAGUACAAACUUUUCAAAUUCUAAGCUGUUUUUCUACCUUCAGUUUCUCUUUUUAUUUAUUUUAUUUUUUAAUUUAUUUUUGGUGGGUGUCGGAUAUAUAUGUCUGUAAGUUGGUAUUAGAUCUCAAUACAUUGUGAUAUUGAUGGGUGUUAAACAUUAUGAAGUAAUUAUUUGUUGUUAUUUCAUUGGGCACAAUUGAAGCUUCAAGCUAUCUGUUAAUCUUGGAAUUUGGGUAUUUUUUAUUGAAAUUGCGGAUUUACCUUAGUGUAGUAAAGAACAACUUUGAAUUAAAGAGUUGGAGUUUGAUGCUCUCUAUUGUAGUUCCAAACAACCAUUGUACUUUUGAUUGGGUUUGCGGUUUUGCAGAUUUUUCUGGGAGUUUGCUGCUCAAUGUUAUGGUGUUCAUGGUAGUUCAGAACAGCUAGUCUUUGCUAGAUUGGGUUUGCGGAUUUAAAGCUCUCUAUAUAUCGUGCUAUCUGUUGUAGUGGGGAUAGCUAGCUAAGUAGCUAGUGUACAUUUGAUUGGGUUUGCGGAUUUGUGGGUUUGAUGCUCUCUACUUAUUGUGCUAUCUAUUGUAGUCCAGGAUAGCUAUUGCAUGUUUGAUUGGGCUUGCGGGUUUUUUGGAGUUUGAUGUUCACUAUUGUGCGCUCUAUGGUAGUUCAGAACUGUUAGUGUACUUUUGAUUGGGUUUGCGGGUUUUUGGGAGUUUGAUUCUUGCUCUAUCGUAGUUCAGAACUGUUAGUGUACUUUUGAUUGGGUUUGUGGCUUUGCAAAUUUUUUGGGAGUUUGAUGGGAUGUCUUCCAAUAUUAGUGAUAGUUGAGUGAAUUAUCUGUUGGGGAUGAAGAAGUGGUCUGGGGGCACCCUUAUUUUAGUUUUGUCUUUCGUUCUGGUGGUGAGGUAUACCUACUUUGGCAAUCAACCACCAAAGCCAAUUAAACAAUCAGCUUAUGACUUCUUUAGAAACCAUCCUAGUAAUGAUUCACAAGCGCAGGAAAUCAGUUCGAAUUCGAAAUCUUCUGAGAUCAAUGUGACAAAAGUAGAAAAGAUUAAAGAGAAGCCACAUCUAAUUGAUGUUGAAGGGCUUAGUGACUUGUAUAGUACUGUAAAUGCAUCGAAAGAAGAUAUGAAAAGCUUUGCAACAUGGCCUCAGUUGCGUGCUGUGUUGUUAAGGUCAGAUGGGUUGCCUGAAACAAGUAAGGGCGUAAAAGAAGCUUCUGUUGCUUGGAGAGAGUUAAUUUCAAUAAUCAAGUGGGAGAAAAGUAAAUCUGCUGGUGAUGUCGACAAUGUUAACAGAACCAAUGAAAUAAAAUGUCCUUUUAGUGUUGGCACUUUUGAUGAGCCUUUGAAUAGUAGCAGGAGACUUCUUGAGCUCCCGUGUGGUCUUAUUGAAGAUUCUUCUGUUACUUUGAUUGGUAUUCCCAACGGGCGGAAUAGAAGUUUCCAAAUUGAGCUUGAGGGUGCGGGGUUUCCACAUGAACAAAUGCCUCCUAUCAUCUUGCAUUACAAUGUCUACCUUCCAGAAGAAAACAGUACAAAUUAUUCUGUAAUAGUUCAAAAUACAUGGACUAAUGAAGUUGGCUGGGGCAAGGAAGAAAGAUGUCCUGGAGGAAGGUCAACAAACUAUAUGCAAGUUGAUGGACUGGCUAGUUGCUAUGAGCAACUUAUUAGAAGCGCUAUGGAAGAAAAUCAAAAUAAGAGUCUUCCUGUUGGUGACAAGAAGAUUAACAAUUCCGUGGCUCAUGCUCAUAUCAGAGCUAAUUUCCCAUUUAGUGAAGGGAGUCCAUUCACUGCCACAUUGUGGGCUGGUUUGGAAGGAUUUCACAUGGCUGUCAAUGGAAGGCAUGAAACUGCCUUCAAAUAUAAAGAGAACUUGGAGCCGUGGCUGGUUAGUAAAGUCAAAGUGACUGGAGGUGUGAGCAUCUUGUCUGGCAUAGCCAAAGGUCUUCCUGUAUCAGAAGAUCUUGAUAUAGUUUUUGACGCUGGUCAACUCAAAGCCCCAUCAUUGCUUAAAAGAAGAGUUGUGUUACUUGUUGGAGUUUUCUCAACUGGAAACAACUUUGAACGCAGAAUGGCCUUAAGGAGGUCUUGGAUGCAAUAUGAAGCUGUUCGCUCGGGGAUUGUAGCUGUACGCUUUCUUAUUGGUUUUCACAAGAAUGCAGAGGUAAAUCUUGACCUGUGGAAAGAGGCUCAAGCAUAUGGAGACAUUCAGCUGAUGCCUUUUGUUGACUAUUACAGUUUGAUCAGCUUGAAAACAAUCGCGGUUUGCAUACUUGGGACCAAAAUUAUCCCAGCUAAAUAUAUAAUGAAGAUCGAUGAUGAUGCUUUUGUGAGAAUUGAUGUAGUGCUUUCAAAUCUUAAGGAGAAGUCUGCUAGUGGUCUCCUGUAUGGUCUCAUAUCAUUUCAGUCAUCUCCCCACAGGGACCAAGAUAGCAAAUGGUUUGUUAGCGAAGAGGAAUGGCCAAAAGAUUCAUUUCCUCCAUGGGCUCACGGUCCAGGCUAUAUAAUUUCCCGUGACAUUGCCAAAUAUAUCGUGCGCAGUCAUCAGGAAAGAGAUCUUAAGCUUUUUAAAUUAGAGGAUGUUGCUAUGGGCAUUUGGAUUGAGAAAUACAAGGACAGUGGCCAUGAAGUUAAAUACAUCAGUGAUGAUCGUUUUCACCAUACUGGAUGUGAUGCUGAUUACAUCCUUGCACAUUAUCAAAACCCAAGGAAGGUGCUGUGCUUAUGGGAGAAGUUGCAAAAGGAGCACCAGGCUGUCUGUUGUGAAUAAGUACUGCACCAAGAACUUGCUUUCUUAUAUCCGCAUUUUUGAAAAGUUUUGACUUUUAAGAUCAUGUAUGCUGCUAGAAAACUGCACCUUUUGUAUGAUAUAUCUGUAAUUCUUUUAUUUUAAAAAUUUUAAUUUAGUUCAUUUUUGUUUGGUGCAAGAUGCAGUACGAAAAUUGUUGGACUCAAACUUGAUAUCUUUGUUACAACCUGCAACGACUUUCUAAUUGACUUCAAUGGAGUUGUCUGCAAAUGUAAGAACCAGUGCACAUUAUACACAUGUAGAUAUACUGUAUUUUCUCUUGUUAACAAUUUAUUGCAGAAUUCUGUUUCUUUCGUCUUGAUA